AUGAACUACAUUUCCUCUUCAGCAACCUCGGCAACCACCAACGCCGCAUCCUCUCAAAAUUCCAACACGGUAUUCGCAUCCCGUUCCACUCUCUUCCGUAAUCGUCUCACUCCCAUUCAAACGAAUCAUAACAACAACAAUUAUUUUUCCAAUACCAUUUCAUCAACACCCAAUGCUGCUGUUCGAGGAGGUGCCACGAAUAGCAAUAUUAUGAUUAUUAGCUCUUGUACGACCACUCCAUCAUCGACAAGAACUCAACCUCCACCUAGCACAACUCUCAACUCUCUUUUUGAUCAUCAUAAUAACACUAGUAGCAACACCAAGAAUGUUCUUGGACAUUCCCAUUCGAGUAGUAAUUUGCAACAACAAACACCCUCUUCAAGUUCACGAUAUGCCUCUCAACCCGCUGCUCUUCCUCAACCUCUCAACUAUUCCAAUUAUUCCAAUUACCAUAAUAACCCUACCAACAACACUCCUUUCAACAAUAACAACAUGAUCCGAGCCACGAGUCCCAACAAUGGCUUUACCUCACCACACCCUCAACAAGCCUUAUUAAAAAAUACUUUGCAACAACAACAGCAACAGCCUUAUAGCGCGUUAGGAUCGUCGUCGAGUACAUUAUCCAGUGCAAAUACGAGUGGUACUACAUACGCUAUAACGACCACUUCUCCGCCUUCUACUUCUUCAGCUGGAUUGAAUUAUCAUCCGAGUGGAUAUUAUUUGGAGAGUGGAGUGGUUGGUAAAGGUAAUCAUCCUUAUCAUCAUCAACAGAACGGAAGUAAUAAUAGUAGUAGAAAUUUGCAAGUUUUAACGGUUCCUGGAUAUAUGAGACCUCGGAGCGGACUAAGUGAUUUGAGGUCGUCGGUGGAUACGAGUUUUACUGGAGGAACUGAAAUUGAGGAAGAUAUCGAGUACUUGGAUAAUUUGAGCCCACAUGGUGGAUAUUUAACACCAGAUGAGUCAUCGGUGAACAGCACAAGACAACUUUCACCAUUAACGGAUGAUAGCGAUGAUAUCGUGGAAAGCAUUGACACUAUUGAGUCCUUUUCGAGAGAUACUCCCACAAGUUCUUCGUCGCCUCUCAAACAAUAUAACCUCGCCAUGAUUUCUCCACAGAGCCCUUCACCCAAUUCAAAACAACAACAAACACAAUACAUACAAAAAUCUCAAAUUCAACCACAGCCACAACAACAUCAUCCAACUUCGUACUCAAAGAUGAGACCAUCGACUCUGAACAAGAGUGAAAUUUUGCAACCUAACACAUUUGUGGGAGCCAAUACAGAACUUUCAACCUCUCCUGUGGCAAGGUCACAACAAGUCACACCUGCCUUAGCAAACCGAGCAACAUCUCCCAUAAAUCAUACUCCCAGCAGCACUUUGGGAAGUGGUACGUUCUUUGUGCCUUCCAACUCCUACCAACAACAGCCUCAACAAAAUGUAAAUAAUGCAUCCUCGACUGCUCAAAGCAACACCUCGAGCAACAUGUCGAUUCAUACUUUCAGCUCACAACCCUCACCUUCACACCACCUGUAUUUUAAGAACAAGAAGGCGAGUAAUUCCAAUCCACAGCCACCUCCUCCACAGCCAAUUCAACAACCAACGCAGUUACGGGCACGAACUCCAACGACUAUCAUGGUUAACGAUCUUCCAUUGAGUGAAAGUGGACCAAAGAAUGGAAAUGCACAACAGCCAUCUUCUUCUUCUAAUCACGUCAACAGUGGGAAUGGAAUGUCAGGCAAACAAAUCAAGCAAGCGUCGACCCAUCCUUCGAAGCAAUUGCCUCCAAUGAAGUCAGAGGAUGCUUCAAAACCAAGUCACUCACCAAACAGUCCCAAACUUCCAAAAACAUCUGGAGCCUACUCGGCACCAACAUCGUCGGAAAGUAACGCAAAAACUCCAAACUCUGAGGUUACGUCUGAAAAGAAAUCCAAAAAGAAGCCCAAACAACAAAAGCCACAAAUUAUUAAGAAUUAUAAGAAGGGUGACUUCAUUGGUAGUGGAGCCAAUGGUAAAGUGUUCCUCGGGUAUAACGUGGACGAUGGCAAGUUCUUUGCUAUUAAGGAGUGCACUUUUGAGAAUGUUCCAGAGGAUGUAUUAGAAACUAAAUUGGAAAAUUUACAGAGAGAAAUCAAUCUCAUGAAAGGGCUAAGACAUGAAAAUAUUGUUCAGUACUAUGGAGCAGAGGUAAAUGGAACUACCUUAAACAUUUUUCUCGAGUUUGUACCGGGAGGUUCUGUGUCAUCAUUAUUGAGAAGAUAUGGAAGAUUAUCCGAAGAUGUGACGCGUCAGUAUACCAUUCAAAUGCUCAAGGGUCUCAAAUAUUUGCAUGAUAAUAGAAUUAUUCACAGAGAUAUUAAGGGAGCGAACAUUUUGGUGAGCGUUGAGGGUAAAAUCAAAUUGGCUGACUUUGGAGCAUCACGUAAAAUACAGGACAUUAUGACCCUCUCCACUGAAUUUAAAUCAUUAACUGGAACACCACAUUUCAUGGCACCUGAAGUGAUCAUGCAAACAGGGCAUGGGCGUCCGGCAGAUGUUUGGAGUAUUGGAUGUACCAUUGUUGAAAUGUAUACAGGUAGACCUCCAUUUUCAGAGUUUACAACUGCUGCUGCGGUCAUGUUUCACAUUGCUGCAUCAACAGAAAUGCCUUCAUUUCCUGAUUUUGUUUCUGAGGGAUGUAAGAAAUUCCUUGCUCGAUGUUUCAUAAGAGAUCCCAAUAAGAGAGCCACAGUAGAUGAUCUGUUGAAUGAUCCUUGGAUUACGCAAAUAGAGACUACGAGUGAUGACGAAUCAGUGGCCACUCCUACCGAACCAUGUUCAUCGUUCUCUUCUCGUAGUGGAGGUGCAACAGUAGAGGACACGACACCUUCGUCUGGAUCGUUCUCUCCAUUCCUAGAGUUCAAUAACGAAGAUGACUCUUUCUUCGCUCCGCAUGUGGACAUGUCAAGCAAAAUUUCUCAAGACAUGAAGGGUGACAAACAGCCACUAGGUGUUGUUGAGGCUAAAAAGGGCUACAAUAGUAAGAAGGAUAUUAGUCAAUUCUUGAGGAAAAACUCCAUGUGGCAAUCUCGUUCUUUCAAUUCCUCUGCUUGGGAAAUGUUCAAGGGAGAGAAUCCUGACGAAAUUCCAAGCUUUGAUGCGCGAAAGGUAGAGAGCUCAGACAGCUCCUCAGACUUUGAAGACGAAGGAGAAAUUACCAAUUACUUUGAUGAAAGUUUUUCUUCCCUUACCAAUAAUUAUGACCACUCCGAACUUACACCUGGAAAAGAGUUUGAUGGAUUUAACUCUCUCAGAACAGAGUAUGAUGCCAAUGACGUUGUUGUCAACACAUCUCCAUUGAAUACUAUCGAUGAAAAACCUCAAGAGCAAAAGCCAUUGGAAAAGAAGAAAAAGGAACGUCUCCGUAAAGUUCGUCGAAAACUCGAUGAAGAGCUUCGAAAAGAAGCUAGCACUGAGUUACCACCACCUCAAUUAGUUUCUGACAGUUCUCCCAAGAAGGACAAGAAGAAGAAGAAAAAACCUCAUUCACAGAUACCGUCUCAACUACCUCCGUCAACCAAGCCCAUUGAGCAAGACCCUCUCGAUUCUGACUUAUUUCCAGUGAUUGAAAUUCCUAAAAAAAGUCACUAUCAAAUGGAAAGGGAGAGAGAUGAAAUGAAGAUGGAAGAGGAAAUGAAAAUACUGCAAAUGGAGCAAGAGCUUUCAAAAUUGGAUCAUGACGUAAUGUAUCCUUUCCCAUCUCAGCAAUCUAAUAUGAAACUUGAAUCUCCAAGAAAAAUUCCACCCAUUCCUCAAACCUCACAUUCCAAAAGCAAAUCCCAGCCAACUCCUAGAGAACGCCCCAGAAUUAAAUCAGCUCCAAUUAAGAGAAUAAGCUCUGACGAAUUGAGUGAUACAAUUUCUCCAAUUACUCAGCUGGGUAAAGCUACUUCUCCAACAAAAUCACCAGGAGCUCUUAAACCACUUCAAGUGAAAGAGUAUCGAUAG